CUCGAGUCGAAGCACCCUGCCCAGAGUGACCCUGACCCAUCCUGCUUCCUCGACCGGCCCCUCCCUCCCCUCACCCAGGUCGAGAUCACCGCCAACCACAUCGAGCGAGCGGCACGGGCAACGAAGGGAGGCGCCGGCCCUGUUGGUGGCGAGUCAUCGGUCUGAAAGAUUCUCCUCCUCAAGUGCGGCGCGGCAAGUGCGGAGCUGCGCAGUGAGUUAGCGGCCAUGGCCUCACGCAUCGCCAACGAGGACGUGCCCUGGGAGCAGCUGCAGGCCCUGCGCGCAUGUCGGCUUAUCGGCCUGGACAAGCAACUAGGUGUGCGGCCCAUCGGGAUCGGGGAGGUCCUCAUGCGCAUCAUGGGUAAGGCGAUGGCCAAGGCGGUCGGGGUGAAUGCGGAGAUCGUGUGCGGUGCGGACCAGCUGUGUGCCGGGCUCAAGGGGGGCGUGGAGGGUGCCAAUCACGCGGUCUCCGGCCUGUUUGACUUGGGAGGCGUAAAGUGCGCGCUGCUGGUGGAUGCGACGAACGCCUACAACACGAUGAAUCGCGCUGCCGCCCUGUGGAACGUCCGCAUUUUGUGGCCGCGGUGCUCACGCUUCCUGUUCAACACCUAUCGCGGCCAUGCGGCCCUCUACAUGCGCGACCAAUCCGCGCCGCUGUGGAGCCGAGAAGGGACCACACAAGGCGACCCCUUGGCCUCCCUCUUCUACUCUGUGGCCACCCUUCCGCUCGUGUGGGAGAUGAAGCGGCCAGCAGAGGAGGGCCCUCAGGCGUGGUUUGCCGACGACUCCGCCAAGGUGGGAGGCCUUCAGCCGGUGCGCGACUGGUGGGAUGAGCUGUAG